UGUAUUUUGGUGGUGAAUGGGACUUACUGCCGCAUAGAAUCUGUUCCCUUGCUACUGUUACCGUUUUGUUCCGUCAAAAUUAUGAAAUACUAAAGAUUAAAUGCACUCUCUGAUUUUGUAGUGAGCCCAUAAGCGGAACGCGCCUUGCACCAUGUCGGCCAACGCCCAGAAUUAUGACUUUGACGAAUAUGACAAACCUGGUGCUGAGCGGUCACGCAGGAGGAGAGGUGAAGAUGAUGAUCUAGAGAGUGACUUGGAAGAGGAUUUGCUUGAAGAGGAUUGGCUUUCAGGUAAAAAGAAUCCCUCAGAAGUGUCAGAUGAAGAGCUGAAUGAUGACCUUCUACAAAGUGAUGAUGAAGAUGCAAAUAUGAGUGCUCAGGAAGUGAGCCUCAAUGCCACAUACAGUUUGGGCGCAUCCUAUGGCCAGCAGGACAACUCGCAGGAAGCAGACUACACAGAUGACGUUGUGAACCUGGGUGCAGAGGGCUGUGAAGAAGGGGAUGUAGCGGAGGAGGGGUACCAGCAAGAGGAGUACACACAGGAAUACAGCCAAGAUGGCAACACAGAGAUGCCUGAAGACCAAAUGGAUUACACUGGAGAGCUUGCUGAGGGUGACGAUGGCUACCAGGAUGAAGUGCUAGACAUCCAAAUCAAUGAGCCCAUAGAUGGUGAAUUUCAAGAUGAUGAAUACCAACCCUCCUAUGAUGAGCGUCUAGGCCAACAUGGAGUCCAACAGAGGGAGGUCCCCCAGGAGCUGGAGGCGGUUGGGGGUGAAGAGCAGCAGGAAGAGGAGGAGGAAGAUGCAGCCGAAGGCUCGCAGGUCUUUGACACAGAGGAGGUUGAAAAUGAAGCUAUGCCUGAAGCAGAAACAAAGGAGGAAUCAGACGAGGAGGAUGAGGAAGAUGAAGAGUCUGGACGCAUAAGAUUCAAAUCUGAGAGAAAGGAUGGUGCUGUUGUCCGAUUGGCUGAUGCGGGCAGCAACAGGAGAAAUAUCCCUGAAACACUAGAACUGUCAGAGAAGGCCAAGCAAGAUCUAAUCGAGUUUGAGGAACAAGAACGGCAAAAGAGACAAAACCGAUAUGGAGGCGGAGGCAGAGGCCGAGGAGGCAUGCGAGGAGGCAGAGGAAGAGGAUGCUUUCCACCUUUUGGAAUGGUAGACUUUAGAGGAAACAGAGGAAGAAUGAUUGACCAUAGGGUCCCCCUCAUGGGAAACAUGGACAUGCAGCAGCCAUCUCUCCGAAUGCCUCUUCCUCAUCCGCCUCAUCAGCAGCAACUGCACUCGCAGCAGCACCACUCUUCACGUCCAAGAGGACCUCCUCCCUUCCAAGACCAUGGGCGCCCGCUGGCCCAGCAGCCUCUUCAGCCCCUCAUCCCCCCGCACAUGAGUCACCGCUCCCCGCCGCUGCGACCCCAGAUGGAGCCACCACCACGAAUGAUGAGCUCCCCGCCUCCCAACUUCCCCCAGCAUCACCAGCAGCAGCCUCCACAGCCCAAAAACAUCCACAUUAACCCCCAUUUCAGAGGCCCCACGUCAUCCUCUGUACAAGUGCCCUUGAUGCCUCCUGCUCAGAGCCAGCCCAGACCUGCUGUGGGUCCUCAGAGGUUCCCUGGACCGGGAGACUUCCAGCAGCACAUGUCUGGUAAUUUUGGUCAGCCCCAGCGGCCCCCUCAUCACAUGGAGCCCUUUAGGAACCAGCCACCUCAAGGCCCGCAAGACAGAGAGCCCCUCUUUAUGGGAGAGCGCACAGAGUCAACACGGUUUCCAGGGCAGCACAUGUUUGAUCACCAGGGCCCCUCUCCUCUGAUGAACAGCAGCCACAACCUCCACCAACAGCAGCAGCUGCCCAGCCAGGGCCACAUGGGCUUCGGUCCACCAGGACCAGCCUUUAACCAGCCGGGCCAAGGUCCAAUGGGACUUUUCCAGAGAGAACCCCCAAGACCCAACCUCCCUCCCCACCAAGGUCAUCAGGGGAUGGUCGGCUUGAAUCAACAAGGUGGCCCCCCCAACCAGCCCAGGCCCUUCAUGGACCCUCGUCCACCGUUUGGCCAGCAGGGAAACCUUUUCCCUCCUCCACAAGUCCAGUUUGGGAUGCAGGUACGAUUAAGAGGUUUAAUGCACGGCCCUCCUGUCUCCCAGCUUCCACAUCAUGACCCCUUGCCAUCCCAUCAGCCCAUGCACCAGCAGCAGCAACAUCAUAGGCAGGACUUACCCCAUCAUCAGCAGCAACAUCUAAAUGUCAAUGAGUCUCGCCCCAUGAUGCACCAUGGCCAGAGUCUCUUCCAUCAACAGCAGGCACAUGGUAGCCCCAGGCAGAUGACUCCUCGCCCUCAGAACCCCCAACAGCGCAACAUGUCCAACAGGCAGAGGAUGAACACACCUGUCUCCAAGCAAAUGCAGCAGCGCAACAGCAACCUCCGGGAGCUCCCUGUAGCACCUGGCAACACAAACAUGAACAGUGCCCGCCCCGCCGCCAACGUUAGGCCUGUUGCCAAGGCAACACAGGGGGUGCGUCCUGGGCAGAACACUCAGCUGGUGCCUGGCGGUGGCAGAGGAAGAGGCCAAGUUGCUGCCAAAAUCGAAUCACAGCCUGGGGGAGCAAGCAGGACAGUGGUUCGCAAGGAAAUCCCAAGCACACCGUCCAGCACGGCACCACAGGACCCUGAUGAGGAUGAGGAGACGCGGCAGUAUCGUCUGAAGAUUGAGGAGCAGAAGCGACUGAGAGAGGAGAUCUUGAAGAGAAAGGAGAUGCGACGGCAGAUGCAGGCUGGUGUCAGAAAGAAAGAGCUACUGGACAGGCUCAAUGCUCACCCUCCGAGCCAAGGCCCAGCUCCUUCACAAAUUCAGCCCUCACAACAAAAUCAGCAAACGCCACACCCUGUACAGCAACAGCAACAGCAGCAACCACAGCAGCAGCAGCAGCAGCAGCAGCAACAACAACAACCACCACAACCACAGCAGCAACAACUACAACCACAACAACAGCAGAGACAGUUGCCUCAAAGAACACCACAAACAUUAAAUCAAUCAUUAAAGAAUCCUAUUCAAGCCACCCCCAACCCUCCCAACAAUGGCAGUCCUCUGCUCACUACACCACGUCCCAAUGUUAAGACACGCCUGCAGAUGGUAAAAGGCAGCCCCCAGCAGAUACGAACCCCUGGGCCCAUUCCAGACCAGCAUUGGAAACCGCCUCAACCAAAUCCACAGCAGCUGCAACAACAGCGAAGGAACAGUGCUGUGCAGAACAUAAACAGGCCUGGUGCUCCGAUGCAGGCCAAUCAGGUCCAAAAGAACAUACCAGUAGCUCCCUCUUUGAGCCCUGGCCAAGCUCUGACGCCAACUCAAGGACUUAAACCUGGGGCUAAAAGAACUGUGAUGCAGCGGGCCGGAGAAGACCAGCAGGUGCCACAAAAAGUCAGAGUCGUCAAACUUUCAGGAGCGAGUGGAAAGGGGCCAGUGGCAGCCGGUGGCCCAGUGCAGCAACAAGGCACCUGGUCACAAACCCCGGUCAACCAGAGGAAGGUUACCAUGACAGGGCAGCAGCAACAGGGACCAGGACGAACACCACAGGCUGGCCGAGGGGUCAUGGGCAACCCACAGCAAAACAGGGUUGUUGUGUCGGGCCGGGGCCGAGGGAGAGGGGGUGGUCCGAUGGGCCGAGGUCGUCCUAUGCCCACCAGACAGAGCCAAAGAGGAGCAGAGAGCGAACGGUGCACUGUGUCCAUAGAGGGCCUCUCCUCAUCCACGACUGACGUUCAACUGCAGAAUCUUCUCAGGUCCAUUGGUCCCAUAGAGGAUUCUGGUAUCAUGCAUGCUUGUUCAAUGUCACUCACUGGAACACUAAAACAGAUUGAUUAUGUUCAAAAUGAUGCCCCAGCAGAGGAAAGCAAUUGCCACAUUUUCCAGUCCCCAGCAUGCAGCAAAUUUUCAAAUGAGCUUCCACAGGCACAUGAUUGAUUUGUCCCACAUUGAUGUGUCGCUGAUUGAUGGAUGAGGAGCGCAAUAGAGCCAGGGAGACCUGGAGUCACUUUCUCCCAACGUGGGAGCCUCUCAUGCACAGCUCCAACCUGGCAUAGGAAUAUUUCUUCAUCCCUUUGGGGUCACACAGAGUCAACACCUCUGCACAAAAGCAUAUCUCAUCUCCGCUCAACCUGGAACCAUGAACAUAAAGACCUUUGUUGCGAGCAUGCCAUUGUUUGACUUUGUCUACCAAUUGUCCAUUGUUGUAAAAUGGCACUGGAAAGACACUGGACAGUUAAUUCUACAUUGAUGUAGUUUGUUAAGAAUGUUUUGUGAUCUUACACGGACACUAAAGUAGAAUUCAUCAUGAGAUAAUGGUUGCUCCCCUCCUCAGUUAGAUUCAUUAAUUUAAAAAAACAAUGUUGUCACUCUGAUGCAAACACUUCAUAGUAGUUUUUUUUAAUUAUUAUUUGUGGCAUGCUUUUUGCUUCAGAUAGAAAAUGGUUGUGGCAGACUGUGGCCAGCCUAUCCACAUAGCAGUGUUUUUUCUUCUCUGUAGAUGGCAGUAUUUCAUUAUAAAUGGUGCAUCAUUUUUUCCCAACUCAAGCCUGCUUUCAGGUAGAGAUGAGUCUCCAAGCGGUUUUUGGGUGAAUGGCACUACCUAGUGGAGAACUUGCAUACUAGCACAGAGGUGGAUGAUUUAACAUUUGACACAUAGUCAGUGGCCAGGACCAAGUUGGCACUGUGUGUAAAAUGAAUAUGGUUUUUCUAAAUUCCCAAUGGUUUUAGAAAGUGUAAAUGUGACUUGUAUAGAUUUUGUGGUGCAUUUCAGUUUCAGUGCUGCUUCUGGGACAGAUUAAGAUCAUCCUUCGUUUAGGUUAGUCAGUUCGGCCAUUUGGCAUUGCUUCUUGCUCUGAAACGUUCUCUUUUAACUGUUUAACCUGGAAUACAUUUUGGAAAACUUUCCAUGCAUUUUGGAUGGAUAUUUUAGUUGUAUGUCUGAUUGAGUCGUUAGAUUUAGGGUUGUAUUCUGUGCUGUGCUGAGUGUGCUUUGAGGGAAUAUGUAUGUAAGGUUUUUUGAUAUGUUUUAUAAUUACAAAUUUAAUGUACAUUGUUUUGUAGAUUUAAUAUUCGGCUUAUACUUGCAAGGAUAAUUGAUCUGAAUCUGCAUAGGUGUCAGUUGAUAAUUUGGUGCCUUAUCACUGAGCUGCAUGGUGUACCUUGUUUAGCACUUUGAAUGGUUUGCUUUCUCAUAGAGCUGCAAACCGAGAUGUCCGGGAGUAAAGCAGAAACGUAAAACCAUAUGACUUGGCCCCAUAACUUGAAUUCCCCUUAUUUGAAAGCAAUCAUCCUCAAUCAUAUUGAUAUUGUACGCCUACAUUAAGAUACAUUUCUUCACGUGAGAAGUUGUAAGUAACACUUUUAUUUUGAGUUUCCUCUGAGCAUGUGCCUAAUUUGGGGGAAUGCUACCACAUCACUGGAAUCUUUAAAUUUACUUUUAAUCACUUAAUAUCCAUCUCUGGCUCUCGGAUUGAUUUCAAGAUUAAUCAUCAUUAGCCUAAAUACAGCAAGAUGGGCUAAUUUAUUUUUUCCAUAGUUCCACCAGUUUUUUUCUUCAUCGCACAACAGUUUUCUCUGUUCCGGGUUUAAAGUUUGUUACUCAAAAACAGUUCUUUUAAAUAUUUAGAUGUUGUUGCCCGUAUUUACUAAGAAUACAAGUAAAGAAAUGAAUCAAAUGAACAUUGUUCAAAGUAAUGUGACAAAGGAAGCCGAGGGGGCAACCAUUAUCUAUGUAGUGAUCAUGUACAUAUGUAGACCACAAGUUUCUCUCAAUAUUUAACCUGUUGAAUUUUUUUUUUAGUUAUUCUUUACGUAUGUUGUAUCAAGUUGAGCAUUUUUAUAUGUAAGGAUAUGCUGAUGUGUCCAGACAUAAAUCAUUUUACUAGAGUUUUGUUUCUAAUUUAGAGCCAAAAUGAUGAAUGACUGGACCACGUUUCUGUUCAUAAGACAUUUGAAAAAAAGUUUAAGGGAAAAUAAAAACAUGGCCAAUAUACCGUGAACAUGCAGGUAUGUGAAGCCGGUUAAUCUUUAGCCCAAAGACGUGUGGUUGUGUGUGAUGUCCAUGUGUCUGGUGCCUUUAUGAUGAAUAAUCUUUUCGUGAUUGUGCUGCAUUUUAUUAAUUUAUACUUUACGUAUUCUGUAAGUUCCUGGGUAUUCAACUCGCAAUACAUCACAAAUACUUUUUUUUAAAAACUUUUAAAAACACCUUGUAUGGCAAGAAAUACUACCUCAUAUAGAUUCAGGGAGAUGCCACUGAAUUUUGGUAUUUAACUUAUUUGCUUCUAAGCCAGAAACGCAUGGUUUUUUUGACCUGCCCAUUUAACUGUGAUGUCAUACUAAUGUUCAGCUUCCUGAAGCCCCGACAUGCUAGAGGUAAAGCAACAGGCAAAGUAAAGCAGCCAUGUUUAAUUCUUUCACUGGAUUCGACUAAUAAAACGAAUUUGGAGGGUUAACAUUUUGAUAUGAGGUCUUUUAAUUACUGUAAAUCAACUCCUGGCCGUGCAUCUGGAUGACAUCACAGAUUAAGUUCUUGGUUUUUGGUUUCAAAACUUCAGAAAGAGAUCUUCAUGUUCACAUGUACCUAUUGGUGUCUGUUUUUGACUGCAUGUGUAAAUCAAAUUAAAAAAAUUUAGUGGUAUUUCCCUUUAAAGCAGCCAUUUAAAUAAGUAAAAAUCCUUAAAGUUUUAAAAAAAUAAACUAAAAAUUCGUGAUUCUUGCCAGUAAAGGUCACUAAAUUCUCAACAUGCUUUUGAAGUGUUGGGACAAAAAGGUUCAAAUGUCUCCUAAAAACUCCUAAAAUUCCUUCUCUCUUCCUGUAAAACUUGAGGUUUCAUUGUUCCAAGUCCCUUUUUGUAUGUUGUACAGUUGUUCUAAACUGACUUCUUUAUGUUUUAUUCCUUUUGUUUUGAGUUGAACACACAAGGUUUUUGUUCCCUAAUAAUUUGUAUCUAUUGUCUUUUAUGUUGUGGGUUCCUCUUGAUAUUUAGUACUGUGGUAAAUCCUGUGGAUUUGAAAAGUACCGGCCAUGCCAGUGAUAGUUAUUAUAUUGCAACAAGACAUCUGGUCUUGUCAUGACAGAGCAGAUUCAUAUUGAAUCUUUUUGUAUCUUAAAAUUAAGGUUUUCUUACAUAUUUGUACCUUGAACUUUUAGACAUGAUGUUCUAAUUCUUAUAGUAAUUUCCUUGAGGAAAAUGCUUGAUUACAGGCUAUUUAACCAGCUUGUUUCUCCAAUCACAUCAGCUCAUGUGGUUGCAGUAGGGUAUUUAAUAUUUGAUUAAGAAAGGCUCAUAUGUUUCUAUGGGUCUUUCUUAUGCUUGCAUAAGCCUUCAUCAUGGCUGCUAGUAUCAGAGUGUUUAUAUUAGCUUGGGGUCAAAUAUGCAACACUACUAGCUGGGUUGGGUUCUACAUAACACUAACUUACAACUUUUUUCUUCCAACAGGUCCAUUCCUUGAUGCAGGGUGCUGAGAUCUUGCAGACCAGCUGAAAUAAUCAAUGCAUUCUUCUUUUUUUAGGUCAUGUCCACCUUAACAGAGGUGUCAUCGGUGUGGCUGCCAGCCCCCCCAAAAGAACUUGAAGGACCAUACCAAUGGUUUUGCAUGUUUUAGCAAAUCAACAAAUUGGCUUAUAAAUGGGUUAUAAUUUUCUACUUUUCCCAACUUAAAGGAAGCUGUUGCUUUAAGUUAAUUCUAGUAAUGUAUAAAAAUGAACUUUUUUAAAAUUGGCAAUCCACUUUCAAAAUUUAGUUUGUUUUACUUUUGUCCAAUUUAUGUUUUUCUUGCAUGAUUAGGUAGUUGUUUAAAAUGUUGUGCUUACCCAAAGCGCCAACAUCUGAAAUUUGAGUUGGGUGGUUUAUAGUUUGUGCCUCUCAUGUAAUAAUUAAAGGGUCACUUUGAAAAACACAGCAGGUUAUUUGAAAUCACUUGCUGCUGUUUUGAAGACCUCUGUCUCCUGCUGGUAUAAAAAUAAUUCAUUUGCUACAUGUUGUAUACAACACAUCACCAAAGAGUUUUUAAUGAAUUUUUUAAAAUCUAUUUUCACUCAAGUUGUGCGAAACAGCCAAGAAGAUCAAGUAUUUCAUCCCCAGUAUUUGUUUGGUUCAAGUAAUAGUCUCACCUUUUUUAUUUAAGUUUCUGAUACGUCAGAUGGAUAUUUUUUGGACUAGCACGAAGCAGCUUUAAGUGUUGUCAAAUGACCCACUUUUUUUUAUUUUAUUGAGGAUUUCAGUUGCAGUCCUUUGUGACUUUGAUACUACUAAUGCAAAUGUCUUAAAGGUCUAUUGAUUACAUGAGGGGUACAAACGGGUUGAGCAAAAGCAUUCAAAACCUUUGGCAUGGUCCAACACUUGAGGUGCUCCUGGUUGAAACACGAUGGGCUGUAUGAGGUUGUAGCUGUAGUUUUGCACUAUGGGACGCACAACAUCACUGAAACAAAAUGACCUCCACUAUUAACACAUUCAUUUUUUUUUUAAACAGUGUACUGCUAGGAGGAGCCAUUGACCAGCUUUAGCCAUGAUACUGCUAUGUCACUUUUCCUGCCUUAACUCACUCACUUUAACACUUAAGGUUCUUUUUACAGCCAUGCAGCGUCCGUCCUUGAAAGAAGAUUUUACUUAAGCUUACCUCCCUCACUAAGUAGAUGCUGCUGCAUUCAUUUGGACUGCCACAUUUCCUUCCAUUACUGCUUUUCCUGCCAUUGCUCUUCUUCCAACUUGCAUUUAUCUGACAGUUGCUCAUCUUUUCCUUGAUGCUGCCGUUUUUGAAUGAACUUAAGACUUCUGUAUCAAGCAGGGGGGCCUACCUGGAUUGUUUGUUAGCCCAGUGGAUGGAGGUUUCCAUCUCUGUGACGACAGCCGCAGACACGUUACUCUAAAGCCGCUUUAUGGCUUUCACUGCACCAAAGGUCAUCCCAACUUCUUGACAUGCAUUGUUUGGUUGGAUUUUGAAAAAGACACGACAGUGGUUUUCUCAUCCCGAACAGUAUGGUGCUCCAAAUAAUGACUGAAAAUCCAACCUCGAGUUUUGACUGAAACUGUUGACAAUCCAUCCUGUCAUGUAUGUUCACACUCUGAUGUAUAACAUGAAGUCAUCAUGUUUUGUGCCUAAAAAUUCUGAAAGCAAACAUGUUCUGAUGCUGUAAAUUGUGAUUUUUCUAAAGAAUGAAUGAAUACAGAUGGUUAGAAUAAUGAAAAAUGAUGGAAUGUGUUAAAUUUCAUACUAUAAACUUUGAUACUGGAGAAAAAAAUAAACUUUUUGAUCAAAAACA